GACAUUCUCUCAUUUAAUUGUUUAUUAACAAAAUGUCAAAUACUACAAACACAAUCGCUGUCCUCUACGGCGCUAAAGAUCUUAGAAUAGAAAAUCGUCCAGCAAGAGAACUGGGUGAAUUCGAUGCACAAGUAGACGUAAAAGCCACUGGUCUCUGUGGAUCUGAUCUGCAUUACUACCGUCACGGCAAGAAUGGUGACUUUGUGAUACGAGAGCCACUCGCUAUGGGUCACGAAGCAGCAGGUAUCGUCACAUCAGUUGGUACCGGCGUUACAAACCUCAAUCCAGGUGAUAGAGUAGCAAUAGAAGCUGGUAUCUACUGCUCUAGUUGUGCACUUUGCAAAUCAGGUCGCUACAAUCUCUGUCCGGAGUUGCGAUUCGCAUCAUCAGCGAAGACAUACCCACACCUAGACGGCACGCUCCAGACAAGAUUCACACAUCCUGCCCGGUUGUUGCAUAAGAUGCCAGAUGGCGUUAGCUUUGAGCAAGCUUCACUCGUAGAGCCACUGAGUGUAGUUCUCCACGGCUCAAGACGCUCGGGUGUGCGGGCCGGUCACAGUGUUCUGAUUUAUGGUGCCGGAGCAGUAGGUUUACUUGCUGCAUCAGUCGUUAAAGCUCAGGGAGCUACCUCCGUCACAGUUGUCGAUAUCGACAGCAAUAGAUUGAAUUUCGCCAAAGAGAAUAGUUUUGCAGAUAACACUGUCCUUCUACCAAUGGGACCCCGUCCUACCACCCCGGCAGAAGGCUUAGAGGCCUCGAAGAAGACUGCUGAGACAAUUCUUAGUGAAUCUGCAAGCAAAGGAAAUGACGUAGUCUUCGAAUGUACAGGUGUUGAGACUUGCAUGCAAGCCGCUAUUCACACCGCCAAGCCAGGUGGAAAAGUUGUUUACAUUGGUAUGGGUACGCCUAAUGCUACUCUCCCAAUCGCUGCAGCAGCAUUCCGUGAAGUUGACCUCGUCGGUGUGUUCAGAUAUUCCAAUACAUACGAUGACGCGUUGGGAAUGUUCGCAGCGAAGAAAUUGGCUACUGCUGAUAAACUCGUCACCCACAAGUAUAGUUUGGCAGACAGCAAAGCGGCUUUCGAGGCACUUUCGAAUGGUAAAGAUGCUGAGGGUAGACCCGCUAUUAAGAUUAUGAUUGGUGAUUAUUAGAAAUGUAGAUUAUGAUAGAUGUACAAAUGCAAAAGUGUAACUGCU